AUGGCGCGACAGGGAGGGGAAGCCUCUGGAUAUCGCUGCAGCAAACUUUGGAGAGAGUGCAGAAAAUUGCGCGAUGGUCUGGAGGGAGAGACUCGACCUUCAGACCAUACGGACUCCUCAAAAUCUCUGGGCGUGUCUAGUACGAAUACCUCGACAGAACACGUUCCCGCCCGGCCAUUGGCUGAAAAGCCUGGAGGCAAACGCAAACGAAGGGUCCGUUUUGAGCUCACUGAAAGGAAGCAGUCCCCAGAGUCAAUCGAAUUUGGGGUGAAUGACCAGGCUCAAUCUAUCAGCUCGAGAGCAUAG